ACGUGGCCUCAACACUACAGAUCUGCUGCAGACGUCCCUGGCUUUGCAAACUCUUUUCAUUUGUAGCCUGACUUUUAUGAAAAGCACAGAGAGGAAGAGUUUAACAGUAUCGUUGUGAAAAGGAGACAAAGUGACCAGCAGGGACUUCUGGAAACUCUGAGGUUACUCCUCUCCAGCCAGCAUGACGGAGAAACCUCCAUUGGACAGCAACGAGGAUCGAGCCUGGCUGAGUGAGGGUCAGUCUGAAACUCAGCUUACAACUGGGCAAGGUCCGGAUGGAGUCGAGACAGGCGAUGCAGACCGACCAGCCUGGGACUCUAAGAUCCAGUAUGUGUUGGCUCAGGUGGGGUUCAGUGUGGGCCUAGGGAAUGUGUGGAGGUUUCCAUACCUUUGCCACCAAAAUGGAGGAGGGGCCUUCAUGCUGCUGUAUGUCUUUCUUUUAAUUAUCGUGGGAGUUCCACUGUUUUUCAUGGAGUUGGCAGCAGGCCAAAGCAUUCGCCAAGGCAGCAUUGGUGUAUGGAAGCACAUUUCCCCAAAGCUGGCAGGGAUUGGUUACUCCAGCUGCAUGGUCUGUUUUUACGUGGCUCUUUACUACAAUGUUAUUAUUGCAUGGAGCCUGUUCUACUUGGGUAAUUCUUUUCAGUAUCCUCUGCCAUGGGAGCACUGUCCAAUUGAUGUAACCACCAAUGACACAGCAGUGAAAGAAUGUGCAGGUUCUUCACCAACAACAUAUUUCUGGUUUCGGAAAGCUCUUAACAUCACAAAUUCCAUCAAAGAAUCUGGAGAGUUGAACCCAAUCAUGACCGGCUGUUUAUUGGCGGCUUGGGCAAUUGUUUCCUUGGCUAUGAUCAAGGGCAUCAAGUCUUCUGCAAAGGUGAUGUACUUUUCCUCAGUCUUCCCCUAUGUGGUGCUCUUUAUUUUCCUCAUCAGAGGGUUGAUGUUGGACGGUGCGAUGGAAGGAAUCACCUUUAUGUUUUAUCCUAAACUGGAAAUCUGGGGUAGUGUGCAGGUGUGGCGCCAGGCUGCUACACAAGUGUUUUUUGCACUGGGACUUGGCUAUGGCUCCGUUAUCGCAUAUUCGUCCUACAAUCCAGUCCACAACAACUGCCACAGGGACGCGCUGAUGGUCUCCGGCAUCAACUUCAUGACGUCGGUGCUGGCCUCGCUGGUGGUUUUCGUUGUGCUGGGUUUCCGUGCCAAGAACAUUGCACUACGCUGCGUGGCUAAAAAUCUUGGUUUUCUAAGCCUGAUAUCGUCCGAUGAAUCUAAGCAGCACUUGUUUGGCCCUGGUUGGCCUUGGAUCAACAUGACAGAUCCAAGCUCUGUAUCUCUUUCUGAAUACAGAGAGUGGUACAGCCACCACAGCUCAACAAUUGGUCUUAACAUCACUGACUGCAGCCUGGAAGAGGAGAUGAAUAAGGGCGUUGAAGGGACAGGCCUGGCAUUCAUAGCCUUCACUGAGGUGAUGGCCCUUUUCCCUGCCAGCCCCUUCUGGUCCACACUGUUUUUCCUAAUGCUGCUCAACCUGGGCCUCAGCACCAUGUUCGGGACCAUGCAGGGAAUCCUCACACCUCUCAUGGACAAUUUUAGCCUCUUGGGCCGCCACCGAACCCUGCUCACUGUGUCCAGCUGUGCUUUGGGCUUCUUAAUAGGAAUGUUGUUCACUCAGCGCUCUGGCAACUACUUUGUGACUAUGUUUGACGACUACUCUGCAACGCUCCCGUUAGUCAUUGUUGUAAUCUUUGAAACCAUUAGUGUGGCGUGGGUUUAUGGAACAGAUCGCUUCCUGGAUGACAUUGAAGUCAUGCUCAAAUGGCGCCCUCCAGUGGUGUACAAAUAUCUUUGGAAAUAUGUUUGUUUGCUGUCGAUGAUUGGUCUUCUGGCUGCAAGUUUGUUGCGUAUGGUCUUCAAAAGGCCUACAUACACCGCCUGGAAUCAAGACACAGCCUCUGAGAUGACUCUUGAGUACCCUGGCUGGGCUCUUGGUAUGAUUAUCAUGCUGAUACUCUUUGCCAGCUUGCCUGUGCCUAUUGGCUACAUCUAUUACACAUUGAAAAAUCCCAAAGCCGGUAACACCGAGGAGGGAGGCGGCCAAGAGAUGCACCGUGAGUUAUACACCAAGUGCAGCUCCACUGAGCAGCUGGAUUCCCAUCACAGAGUCCCCACUGAGGAAGAAGAGGCUCAUCCCAGGACUGCCUUCCUGCCGUUGGGCAACGAAAACUACCAGCUCCUGGGGCAGGAGGAGGAAGAUGAUGAUGAUGAUGAACGAGAUACGGGGGUUUGAGCACGGCUGUGGGAGGAUGAAAUGUUUACAUGUUGAACUUUAGAGUGCACGCUAACCCUGCAAGAGAGAUUGCAAAGUGAAGGGAGGUCAGUCAGGAACAGAAUUAUUCUUAAUCUGAGCAAGAGUUGUGGUUUGCACCCAUUUAUCAUAUUCAGCAAGCUCUACAUUGUUGACAAGCCAGUCAUUUAACUAUUCAUAUUAUUGAAGAUUCAUUAUCAUUGAAAUCAAAAGCCUUUUAGAUUCUGUAGUUAUAAAAAUAAAACUCCCGCCUUCAUUCAUUUCCUGAACCGCUCACAGUGUUCAGACAGUAAAACACUCGCAGAAAUAUCUAAAAGGAACAAGCUGCUAUAUUUGAUGAAAGAAAGAAUUUAUGAAAGGUUUUAGAGUAGGAAAGUGACAAGCCGUUGUCUUUUGAUUCUGACAGGCUUGUUUCUUACGUUUGUUGUUGAAUUGAGGAAGACAGCAACAGACAAAAAUAGUCUCUAUGAGUAUUUUUAGCUAAAUGCCAAGUAUGAAUUUGCAUGAAAACAUUCUACCUUGAUGUCUGUGUGUGUGUGUGUGUGUGUGUGUGUGUGUGUGUGUGUGUGUGUGUGUGUGUGUGUGUGUGUGUGUGUGUGUGUGUGUGUGUGUGUGUGUGUGUGUGUGUGUGUGUGUGGAUGUGUGAAGAACUUUAUUUUACAUUAUAUUUGUAUCAUUUUACCUCAUGAGACCACAGCAAUGUUUUUAAAUGUCAGUGUAGCAGAAUUGUACUGUAGAUGAGGACUAAUAAACCUCUAGAUGGCAGCAACCUGAUUGGAUGAAGAUUUAUUUUAUUUCUUUUAUGAUUUACACAUUACCAGUGAAUCCUAAAGUUGUGUGCACCUUCUAAAGAGCAAAUAUAAUAUUUAGGACGUUUAGUAUAAGGAUAUAUAUAUUUUAUUUUUAAUGUUUAUUUGGGUUAUUUCCAAAUAUUUCAUGAAGCUGAAGGUCCUAAUAUAUAAGUUAAGUUUAACAUGUUCUGCGUGUCAUUGCUUAAGGGCUAAGCAAACCGAAGAAUACUAAAGUUAGAGUGGAUUUUUUCCUGAUCAGAUAACAUUUGUGUUCUAAUCGCAUGCAUGUGCCUUUUACAGUAUAUGUGGGAUUGAACAUCAUAAAUCAACAUAUUUUGGCUGCCAAUACCUGUGCAGUUCCAAUUCUAAAAUCACCGAUGUUGUUAUGCAUGUAAUUGUUACACAAUUAAAUGA